CACAACACAGUGUACAGUGGGUUGGGGCGGUGGUGGUACGAUAACACACUACCCUUAUCUAGUGACGUGUCGUGCUGGGUACGUAGAUGGUCUCUGACCUGUUUGUUAUUCUGUGACACGUGUUACGUGUGUAGCAGUUUAAGUAGCACACACACGUGGACAGACAGGCACGGGAACACAUGUAAACACGGCCAGUCUAUAAGUGUUUUACAACGGCAAAUAUUCCAUUCAUCCGUCCUUACGCAAGGGGAGCUACUCUUCUCGGCCACAGCUAAACUAAUUCCUUUUAGCUAAAGUACAGGGUCUGGCUCUAUGUGAUGGAAGUCAACGGCUCUAGCAGAAAGACAACAGUGUGACAACCACGGUGGCAGGAAGACAACAGUGUGACAACCCCGGUAAUUUAUAGCAGCGUGACAACCACGGUGAUAGAAAGACAACAGCGUAACAACCACGGUGGCACAAAGACAACAGUGUGACAACCACAGCACUGUGGCGAAGGCAUAUCAGUGUAAGAUGUAAUCAAAGUGUAAGAGAAAAUAUGCAGAUGAUUUCCUAGCGCUAGGCUAGCGAAGAAGGGAAACAAUCCAUGAUCAGCCAGACGAUAAAACUGCUACCUAAUCUUACUGCCGUCUGCAAAAUGAGGAAGUCAAAUCGCAAUCGUCUGCUGAAGAGAACUCUGCUAGUCGUGCCCGUCGUUUGGAUUAUCUACUCCUUUCGUGUUAUCGUAUUCCCUAAGGCAGAUCUUAAUGAGGUCAACCUCGAUCUGAGAGAGGUCAACCUAGAUGACGGCGUUAGAAAUCUGAAGCCGGCGGUUGAGAGCAUGACACAACAGCAGCAACAACAGCAGCAGCAGCAACAGCAGCAGCAACAGCAGCAGAAGAAGCUGACUUUUGAUGAAGCUCUGCAGGCGGCCCCUGACCCGAGACACCUGGAGAAGCUGGCAGAAAUUGGGGGCCGUUUGGUGGAGAAGAGGCCAGCAACAGACUUUGAGAGCGUCAUCUUGCCGCCAUUUAAUGGGGAGAUCAACGCCAACGGUCCAGGUGAGGGGGGUCGAGGCGUGACCUUGGACUUGAACUCUCUGUCCGAGAGUGACAGGGCCAGACACAAGCAAGGCCUGGCUGACAACAGCUUCAACCAGUAUGCCAGUGACAUGGUGUCAGUACACCGCAGCCUGCCAGAUGGGCGGGGCCAGGCCUGUAAAGCCCAGAGCAACAGCUACAGCACCAGCUUGCAACCGGUCAGUGUGAUCAUCAUAUUCCACAACGAGGCCUGGUCAGUUCUCCUGCGGUCAGUGCACAGCAUCCUGGGAAGGACACCUGACAGCCUGCUCAAUGAGGUCAUUCUAGUGGACGACUUCUCCACAAAAGAGCACCUGGGAGCGCCCCUGGAGAAAUACUUCAACUCCUACCCCAAGGUUCAGAUCGUGCGAGCCACCCAGCGCCAGGGCCUGACACGAGCUCGUCUGCUGGGGUACCACGUGUCCACGGCACCAAUCGUCGUCUUUCUGGACUCACACAUCGAGUGUUUUCCAGCCUGGGCCGAGCCCCUGAGUGCCAGGAUCACAGAAAACCCGACAGUUGUCGCCUUCCCCAGCAUCGAAGUCAUCGAUGACGACAGCCUCGCCACUCAACAAAACACGAACGUCAACCAGUUUGGGAUCUUUAGGUUCAAGGACCUGACCUUCCAGUGGCAGAACAUUCCAGAAAGUGAAAGAAAGAGACGCAGAAAUCAGGCGGAUACCAUCAGAUCCCCCACCAUGCCGGGCGGUCUGUUUGCCAUCAGCCGGAUGUUCUUUGACAGGCUGGGGACGUACGACCCCGGGCUGGACUACUGGGGCGGCGAGAACAUCGAGCUGUCAUUUAAGGCGUGGAUGUGUGGGGGCAGCGUGGAGAUGGUGCCCUGCUCCCACAUCGGGCACAUCUUCCGCAAGACGAACCCCAUCAAGUGGACCAGGGACAUCGGCAACAAGAACUCUGUGAGGGUGGCUGAGGUCUGGAUGGACGACUAUAAGAACUACUUCUAUGAGAGGAUUCUAUACAGUCUGCGGGACUAUGGUGACGUCACGGAGAGAAAGAAAUUACGUCAGGACCUCAAAUGCCAGUCAUUUGAAUGGUACAUACGUAAUGUGUAUCCUGACAUACAGCUUACGGCCAACAUCAAGUAUGCAGGGGAGAUCCGAAGCGUGGCGUCUCCCCGGUGCGUGGACAGCAUGGGCGGGCCUUCAGCCAAUCAGCAUGAGCCAAAGAUGUACCCGUGCCACGGUCAAGGUUACAACCAGUUUUGGUACCUGACGGAGGACGGUCAGAUCUCUCAAGACGAUGUCUACGUCUGCUGGUCCAACAUGAAAGUUGUCAACGGCCCGCCGUGUCAGUCGAACGGAGUCACGUGGCAGUAUCGAAACGACGAAAGUCUACUUCACCUGCCUUCCGGCCUGUGUCUGACGUCAGGGGUGUAUGACGACACACUGACACUGAGCACGUGCGCAGACAACAAAUGGCAGAAGUGGAAGUUCCAGCCGAGACGCACAGAUAUAAACUUCCCGCAUUAGUUUUCUCAAUUUGUUAUAUCGUUGUUUUAGAUUGUUAUAUUUAUAAUGGCCAUCAAAAUAAACAGAAGAAAUACCACAA